CCUGAGGGUCGGUGGUUAUAUCUCUGUUCCUUGAAUACCUCUCUCGCUGAAACGGACCACAGCAAGCAGAGGCUGAAAAAAAAGAGCAAAGAGGAAGAAAACAAAAGCUGCCAAUUAUGGAAGAUGUAAAGGAUUCUAAACUGAAGAGAUUUUGUUCCAGAAAUAUACUGAUCAUCCUUGGCUUUUCCUCUGUCAUAGCUGUGAUUGCUCUGAUAGCUGUAGGGCUGACCCAGAACAAACCAUUGCCAGAAAAUGUUAAGUAUGGGAUUGUGCUGGAUGCAGGCUCUUCUCACACGACUUUGUACAUCUAUGAAUGGCCAGCAGAAAAGGAGAAUGACACAGGGGUGGUGAAUCAGAUAGAAGAGUGCCAGGUACAAGGUCCUGGAAUCUCAAAAUAUGCUCAGAAAUUAGAUGAAAUAGGCACUUAUCUGACUGACUGCAUGGAAAAAGCCAGGAAAGUGAUUCCAAAGUCCCGGCACCAAGAGACACCUGUCUACCUGGGAGCCACGGCAGGCAUGCGAUUGCUCAGCGCAGAAAAUGAACGGUUGGCGGACAACGUCCUGGCUAAGGUGAAGCAGAGCCUCGACAGCUACCCCUUUAACUUCCAAGGUGCCAGAAUCAUCACUGGCACAGAAGAAGGUGCUUAUGGCUGGAUUACUAUCAACUAUCUGCUGGGAAAAUUCAUCAAGAAAUUGAGGUGGCUCAACCUGAUGCCAAAUGAAAAUGAUAGUCAAGAAACUUACGGAGCUUUAGACCUUGGGGGAGCCUCUACGCAAAUCACUUUUGUGCCCCAAAACCAAACUAUUGAGUCUCCACAGAAUGCUCUGUACUUUCGUCUAUAUGGCAAGGACUACAGUGUAUACACACACAGCUUCUUGUGUUAUGGGAAGGAUCAAGCUCUCUUGCAGAAACUGGCCAAGGACAUUCGGGGUACAGACGGAAUUCUCAGGGACCCAUGUUUUAACCGUGGAUACAACAGGGUCAUAAAUGUAAGUGAACUCCGUGACAGCCCCUGCACCAGGAAAUUUGAGACGACUCUUCCAUUCCAGCCGUUGACAAUCCAGGGCACUGGAAACUUUCAACAAUGCCAGCAAAGCAUCUUUAAACUCUUCAACACCAGUUACUGCCCUUACUCCCACUGUUCCUUCAAUAAUAUUUUUUUGCCUCCACUCCACGGGCAAUUUGGGGCAUUUUCAGCUUAUUACUAUGUGAUGAAGUUUUUAAACCUUACGUCAGAGGAACCCCCCUCUCAGGAAAAGGUGAUUGACGUAGUGCAAGAGUUCUGCUCUCGGUCUUGGGAAGAGCUGAAGAUACAUUUUGGUGAAGUGAAGGAGAAGUACCUGAGUGAAUACUGCUUUUCCGGAGCAUACAUUAUCUCUCUCCUUCAGAGGGGUUAUCACUUCACACCUGAGUCCUGGAAGAAUAUUCAUUUCAUGGGCAAGAUCCGGAGCAGUGACGUGGGAUGGACUUUGGGCUACAUGCUGAACCUGACCAACAUGAUCCCAGCGGAGCAGCCGCUGUCCGCACCUCUCUCCCACGCCACCUAUAUCUUCCUCAUGGUCCUCUUCUCGCUGAUCCUGGUCGCAGCGGCCCUCACAGGCCUAUUUAUCUUUCGCAAGCCUUCAUAUUUCUGGAAAGAUAUGGUAUAGCAGGAGCAGCUGAAAUCUGCUGGCUGGAGUGAGAAAAAAACUUGCCCAGGGAGCCCUUUCCUCCACAGGUCAUCCUUCCUUGCUCACCAAGGCCAAUCUUGACCAGUAUGAAGAUUCCUUGGCUUUGCUGACACCUUUCCUUGGGAGGUAUUCACCACCUUCUGCCUCCAGGACUUCCCGGUGGACGUUGUCUCUUUCUAGAGUCUUUCCCAACUCCCCCUUUCUCUUUUGUAUGCUGUGUU